AUGUGCGAAAUCGAAGAUGCGCUAUAUCGGGAGCGAAUGCCGGACAUUUGCGGUUCUGUGGGCACCAAGGCGUGUAUCUGUUGCAGUACCAAGAAGGCAAAGAGCUAUCUACCAAUCAUCGACUGGCUACCCAAGUACAAAGCCAAAUACCUGAUAGUAGACUUUGUGGCCGGUCUAACAGUGGGCCUAACCACCAUACCACAGGCCAUUGCUUAUGGGGUGGUGGCCGAACUGCCAGCCGUUUACGGUCUGUAUUCGGCAUUUAUGGGCUGUUUUAUUUACAUACUUUUUGGCACCUGCAAGGACGUUACAGUGGGUCCCACAGCCAUCAUGUCGUUGAUGGUGCAAUCACAUGUAGGCGGAAGCCCGGAGUAUGCGGUGCUCUCUUGCUUUCUCUCCGGUUGCGUCAUUUUAUUGCUGGGCAUGCUUAAUUUGGGCCUACUGUUUCGCUUCAUUUCCGUGCCUGUGGUGACGGGCUUCACCAUGGCCGCAGCCAUUACCAUUGGCAGUGGGCAGAUCAACAAUCUCUUCGGCAUAUCCAGCAGCUCCAAUCAGUUUAUGGCCUCCUGGAUUAAUUUCUUUGGACACAUCCACGAGGUGCGGCUGAACGACGCAUUAUUGGGCUGCUGCACAAUAAUCUUCCUGCUGCUCAUGCGUAAAGUUAAGGACAUCCCCUGUCGCUACCGCAACCUAGUCAAGUAUAUCUCGCUCUCACGCAAUGCGCUGGUCGUCUUCGUGGGAAUCUUGCUGUGCUAUUUGCUCAGUCGUUCAACUGGAGAUUUACCGUUUCGCGUCAGCGGCAACAUCACUGCCGGCUUGCCUCCAUUCCGACCGCCGCCAUUUCACACUACGAAUGAGGAUGGCGAGUAUGUUGGCUUUGGCGGCAUGCUUUCACGCCUGGGCGCUUCUAUGGCUUCAAUUCCACUGCUGACUAUACUGGAGAGUGUCGCCGUGGCCAAAGCUUUCUCCAAAGGAAAGAUAGUGAAUGCUUCUCAGGAGAUGAUAGCACUCGGCUUUUGCAAUCUCUUCAGCAGUUUUGUAUUAUCCAUGCCCAUUACCGGCUCAUUUACGCGCACAGCCAUCAAUAACGCGAGUGGCGUGCGCACGCCUUUAGGGGGCGCAGUUACCGGCGCCCUGGUGCUCAUGACACUCGCGUUUCUCACCUCCACUUUUGCCUACAUCCCCAAAGCCACGCUGGCGGCUAUCAUUAUAGCUGCCAUGAUCUUCAUGGUGGAGUACGAGACCAUAGGAGAAAUCUGGCGCGCAAAAAAACGCGACAUGGUGCCCUUUCUAGUCACUCUCCUUUGCAGUCUCUUUUGGUCACUGGAGUACGGAAUGGUAGUGGGUGUUAUAUGCAAUGCGCUCUUUAUACUGCAAAAAAGCAUGAAACCGCAACUCCAAUUGGAAACUCAGAAGUACAAUGGUUUCGCACUCUGUCUGGGCGAGUUGAAGGGGAAUGUCGACUACUCAGCGGCCGAAUACUUGAAAAUAUCAAUUGUCAACUACGUAACGGAGCAAGCGGGAGCCAUUACGCACGUGGUUAUCAAAGGUGCUGAGAUCUCAUCAAUUGAUUCGACUGUAGCGCUGAAUUUGCUUUCACUGCGUGAAGAUCUGGCACUGUUGCAAUGCGAGCUUAUCUGCUGGAAUUGGACAAUUGCGGCAGCGGGCGUUGUGUGUAGGCUUCACAAAGAGGGGCGUAGUAUAUUCCACUUUGCCAAGACGAUUACAGAUUUAAUGAUGGCAAUGCCGCUACCUCAGACCAGUUUCGACAAUGGAGGCACCGGGGACGCAACGUUAACGCUAACGUUGUAGUCAAGUGCGGCUACC